GCUGUAUGCAGAAUGGUGUGCUUUCUCUAUGCCAUCGUUUUUAUUAUUCACCCAUACUGUCCAUUUCAUUUCACAAAAGCCCAAGGGUUUUCCCCUACUCUGACAGUGUCCUCAUACGUUAUAAGUGAGAGAGACUCAGUUGAUCUGAGCUGUGCGGUCUCUCAGCCUCCUCCUUCAGACUGCAUUUUCUCCUUAGUGGAUAAAGAGGCAAAUACAUACAAAGCCCCAUCAUGCCAGCUGUCCCUCACAGGGGAAGACCUGAUGAGAUGGUCAGGCUUGGUCUCAUUACCUGAUAUAGUCAAAAUGAACUGCUAUGCUGCUGAUAAACCAUCACAGCAAUCACAAUCUGUUUCAGUUAUUGUUAAAGAACCUGCUCCUCUUCCUCCAAAGUCCAACCUGAAGAUCUCCCCUGCAGUCCUCAGAGGGAGCAGCACAGUUCAGAUGACCUGUGAAGUACCUCAGUCUCAGUCUGCGUCUCUGUGUCUCUUCUACCUGGAUGGGAUAGAAGCUGCUCCAUACAGUCACCCAUCAUGUCAAAUGUCCCUCACUGGUGUUCAGAUCCAGCAGUGGACACGUCAGAGUUCCCCUCUAGAGGCUAAAGUGGGGUGUAAUUACCUCACAGAAGGAGCAAGAACUCCAUCAGAUCACUCAGAUUAUGUUUCAUUGACUGUUAUGGACAGACUGCAGAAGCCUAACAUAAAGGUACUUCAUGAUGGUUUCAUCUCCAUUGUCUGUGACAUACCCAAGCAUUUUGGUGAGGCCACCGACUGCCAGCUUUACACUGGUGAUGAACACCAGUCUUAUCUAAAAACAAAGACAUCAAAGAGUGCAACUGGAGACCUGUUCUGCCAGUUUACUGUGAACAAAGAUGAUUUAUUCAGACGCCUGCAGUCAGUGAGAAGCAGAGGGGUGAGCUGUGAUUAUACAGUGAACACAGAACCUCCAUCUCUCUCUCCACGCAGUGACCCUUACAACUUUACAGCAGGUUUAAGUGUUAUCACCAGAAAAGAACAUCUGCCAUCUUCACAGCCAGCACCUGCUGUUACUGCUGCUCCUCCUCCAAGGCCCCACCUGAAGAUCUCCCCUGCAGUCCUCAGAGAGAGCAGCACAGUUCAGAUGACCUGUGAAGUACCUCAGUCUCAGUCUGCGUCUCUGUGUCUCUUCUACCUGGAUGGGAUAGAAGCUGCUCCAUACAGUCACCCAUCAUGUCAAAUGUCCCUCACUGGUGUUCAGAUCCAUCAGUGGACACGUCAGAGUUCCCCUCUAGAGGCUAAAGUGGGGUGUUAUUACCUCACAGAAGGAGCAAGAACUCCAUCAAAUCACUCAGAUUAUGUUGCAUUGACUGUUAUGGACAGACUGCAGAAGCCAAACAUAAUGGUCCUUCAUGAUGGUUCCAUCUCCAUUGUCUGUGACAUACCCAAGCAUUUUGACAGACUGCAGAAGCCUAGCAUAAAGGUCCUUCAUGAUGGUUCCAUCUCCAUUGUCUGUGACAUACCCAAGCAUUUUGGUGAGGCCACCCACUGCCAGCUUUACACUGGACGCCAGUCUUAUUUAAAAACAAAGACAUCAAAGAGUGCAUCUGGAGACCUGUCCUGCCAGUUUACUGUGAACAAAGAUGAUUUAUGCAGACGUCUGCAGUCAGUGAGAAGCAGAGGGGUGAGCUGUGAUUAUACAGUGAACACAGAACCUCCAUCUCUCUCUCCACGCAGUGACCCUUACAACUUUACAGCAGCCACAACAACAGCAGCAACAACAUGUGAAACAACAGUAACAUCAACAACAACAGUAACAUCAACAGCAAUUUCAACAUUAACAUCAACAACAAAAAUACCAGCAAAAACAAAAUAUCCAUCAUCCUCAGUGUCUGACCCAGCAGUUUCAACUAGUCUAAGAGACUACCAAACUCAACCGGCAAAGGAUUCCUUUACAUUUGGUCCAUGGUUGUCUUUGCCAGCCGUGGCACUUGUAGUGGGCCUGUUCCUGGUGGUCCUCACGGCCUCAUGUCUCUGCUCCAAGAGGCAUAAACACACAAGAUCACAGAAUGCCACCUAUUGGAGAAGUGAUUCCAUCAGAUUUGGUCCAAAUGAGAUCAAGCAGCCGAAUACAGGGGGUGAUGGGUCUCUCCUUGGCAUCUCGGAAAUCUCAGGCAGUGAUCUGAAAAAAGACUCGGAGCAGGAUGUGUCCAACCCGUGUCAUGUGUACAGCACCAUUCCUGACACACUGGACGUUUCCACCCAGCAGAACCCCACCUACAGCUUAGCACAGGCAGAAAGGGACCCACACACCAGCCAGCAGGGCCCCACCUACAGCUUAGCACAGGCAGGAAGGGACCCACACACCACCCAGCAGAACCCCACCUACAGCUUAGCACAGGCAGGAAGGGACCCACACACCAGCCAGCAGGGCAUGACCUACAGCUUUCUGCAGGUCUAAUUUCACUGGUCCUGUAGUCUUUAAACUAAAGCUAUAACAAAAUGUGUACAAGCUACUAUCAUUGUGUCAGUAGACAUAUAACUGUGCCAUCAAUGUAGUCAAUAGGGCACUGUAAUGCAAGACUAUACAGUAUGAGGCUGUGGCCAAAAUGCUUAUAUAUUUUCUUGUCUUCUGAUACAUUCUGUCAGUAGUGAAACAGCCUGCAAGAAUAAGAUGAAAACCUUAUGGCCAAGACAGACAACCUAGAGACACAUGUGCGGAAUGAAUGUAGACAUAUGAUAUCAUUUGGAUCCUAUGGUAGAGUAUUCAUAUAACAUAUAUAAGAUUCCUUAUAACAAAUUACAGUUAAUAUGUUGCUAGCACGUGGUCUUGUUUUUCUGUUCUGUCUCCAGUAAAUACUAAUGUAUUCUUAUCUACUGAAAUGCUAUGAAAUGACACAGACUCUGUACUCAGGAUAACACACAGUUAGACUCCAGCUGUACAGUGGAAAAUAUGUCUUUAUUUGUUGUUCUUUUCUCUUGGGAGGACAAAAUGUACAUAGGUCUUUGAAGCUCUUUAUAAAAGCAAUGUUCUUAAAACAGGCAAGUGUGGGGUUUCAGUCUGAGCCUAAAGCUCUGCAGCGAAACCCACUGACACUGUGGUUUAAAUGCUUACUGGCAUGGCUAUAUGCUCAUGUACUACAACAGUUUCCUCAAUCUGUCCAUGCAUUGUUUUAGUUACUUCUUCUAUAUGAAAUCACCUCAGCUGUAAAAAUUAAGAGGUAGAAUGAAAUGAACAGCUUAACAUUUGUCACUCUUUUUAUCGAUUAAAAUCCACACUUAACACAUCAGAGUAUUCAAUAGACAAAAGCAAUCAAGGCAAAAACGUCAUUCCAACAAACUGUCACAUCACCUUUGUAGGUACUGUAACAUUUGAAUUCACUUUUCUUACAUAUUUUAAACAAGUCAAUGGCUAAUUUGUGUUCUAGUGUGUGCAGUCACUCUGACCAACAGAGGUAUGGCCCACAGUGUGUAACAAAUUAUCUUUUGUCUU